UAUAUGGAAGCAAAAUGGUGGAGGAACACAACUUUUAUAUUGAGCUGUCGUCAAAUCCCGUUCGAUUUGAACCGAUAAGCAAAGCAACAAAUGUCUUCUACGAUGAAGUCAAACGCCAGGUCUUUGCGGUCCGCUCGGGCGGAGCUCUUGGCGUGGUGGUCAGGGGCCCGGAUGAGAGAACCAGCACCACAUUCAGAAUGGAAGACAAGGGGCCCGUCAUCUCGAUCAAGUUUUCCUACGACCUGAAAAUUUUAGCCAUUCAGAGGUCACAGAAGACAGUGGAAUUCAUGAAUUUUUCCAAUCAGAUGGAUUUGACAGAGUACUCCCAGAGUUGUAAGGGUAAAAACACCAAGAUUAUUGGCUUCAACUGGACCAAUAUCAACGAGGUGGUCUUCAUCACCGACCACGGCUUGGAGCUGUACCAGGUUAUCCCCGAGAAGAAGACGCUAAAGUCUCUCAAGAACAUCAACAUCAGUGUCAACUGGUUCGUCUUCUUUGCUGACAGCUCUCUGCUGCUGCUGUCUUCAUCAACACUAGGCAAUGUACUCAAUCCGUUCCACUUUAAGGCUAGCACCGUCAUCAAGAUGGCAAAGUUUGAUGUGGACUUGCCGCAGGUCCCCAAGCCAGCCAAACUCUGCCUCCUGGAGCGAGAUGUCACCAUCGCAAAUCUUUAUGGCCAUUUAUACAUCGUUGUCCUGCGGCACCAGCCUAGAGGUCCCAGUAGCAAAGGAGCUGAGAUUGUUCUCUAUCAGCUACAAAAGGAAUCACCCGCCAAGAAGACGGAUGUCCUGAAACUGAACAUGUCUGGUCGCUUUGCUGUCAAUGUUGUCGAUAACUUGGUUGUCGUGCACCAUCAAGCCUCAAAGACAUCCAUGAUAUUUGACAUCCGGCUUCCGGCGACCGAGAACGACGGUUAUGUUAGCUACCACCAUCCAGUUCUGGCACCAUUACCCAUCAGGCCCAUCAAGCUGAGGGUUCCUGGGAUACCUACGCAGACGGGAUUUGAGAUGCGCGAGGUCAGUGUUGACCUGUACUCCCCCAACUGGGUGGUGUUUCAGCCCAACACCGUGAUUGACGCCCGACUGGGUUGCUUGUGGCAUGUACACCUCAGACUGGAGCCAUUGGUCACGAUGAUCCCAGACAAGUGCCGUUUGAUCGACUUCCUGCUUCUGAGGAAAGAGAGCAAGAAAGUGAUUCUGUCCGUCUGCAAGCAAGUCUUGUUGCCAGGGCAACAGUGUAGCCUAGCGAUCAUCGCUAGGAUGUUUGACAAGCUCAACCAAGUCUAUCGAAACUUCCUGGAAGAGGAACAAAUGGCAGCUCAGAACUCAGAGGGUGGCGGAACUCCCCGAGCAGCGGCUGCGAGACCCCCCACCGCCAAGAAGAUCGUCAUCGACCAGUCGGACAUGUACACGCAUGUGCUGACGCCAGUGGCAGAGCGGAAGGAUAUUAAAUACAAGUUUGUGGUCGCCGUGCUGGUUGAAUACAUCCGAUCGCUCAACCAUUACCAAAUUCCCGUUCAGCACUUCCUGUACGAGUUGGUGAUCAACACCUUGGUGCACCACAACUGUUUCUACCAGCUUCACCAGUUCCUGCAGUACCACGUCUUGAGUGAUUCCAAGCCCAUCGCUUGCCUGCUGCUGUCGUUGGAGAGCUGUUACCCACCAGCACACCAACUGGCUCUGGACAUGCUCAAGAGGGUGACCACGGCCAACGAAGAAAUUGUUGAGGUGCUACUCUCCAAAAACCAGCUCCUUGCUGCGCUGCGGUUCCUUCGUAGCGUCGGGGGUGCGGACAGCGCGUCGGCGAGGAAAUUCCUGGACGCGGCCUUGAACACGUCGAACAGCAUGCUGUUCUACACAGUCUUCAAGUUCUUUGAGCAAAGGAACAUCAAGCUUAGGGGACAUCCGCAGUUCAUGCCUGGUGAGCAUUGUGAGAAGUACGUGAAACACUUUGAGGUGACAUUUGGUGUGGAGUCGCUGGCCCCAGUACCUUGACACCUGCCACGCUCAUGAGGAAUGUCUCUUGUAUUGUGGCCAUCUUGGUCAAGUACCCUGAAUACGUGGUGGUAAUGCUGAGGAGUGCUUAUAAACACUUCAAAGGGACCUGACUGUUCUGAGAAGGAACGUCACGUGAAGCCUUGUAGGCUGUUGUGUUACAGAGGAAAAAAUAACAGCUGUCUGACAUGAGGUUUGUACUUCAUUCCAAGGUCUGGUAUCAAGACUCCAGUUGUGAGUUCCUUAAAUGAGGGUACAGUGAAACCUUCCAGUUUGAAAUGAUGCACUAAGCUGUAACUCAGUUUUUGUCGAAUGUCAGUUAUAAAAAAGUUAUUAUACGACGUUUACAUCCCACUGACAUGAGGCAAGUUGGCUAUACACGAGUUAAAUGUGUGCAAUGAAAUAUCUAAUUUUCUUCAAUGGAAAUAAUGGCCGUAGAUGUAUAUUUCUGAUGUAAAUAGAAACAUUUUCAGUGUUCAUAGUUUGUGUAUACCAAAUACAUCACCCUCUGUUGAUAAUGUCAGUGAUUUUUGUUUGACAAACUUGUAUAACUCUCACUUUGCCUUUGCACCUUUUUAAUCUAACAUCUCUUCUGAUUAUGACUAACGGUGAAAUAAUGGACACUCAAUCUCUGCAUCAAAUCAGAGUCUAAUCAAAGUCUUAUUCUUUUGAGCACAAAUAUAUACAAGGUUGAGUGAGAACUGGACGGAAUGGGAGAUUAUGGGGCCCGUUCACACUUGACACGAAAGCAGUUGUAGGCUUAUAACGUCACGGCCUCGUCACUUCCAAAUGCAUUUUCACUCUCAACAAAUCACGCUGUGUGACAUGUUUUGUGACAUGGAACUUGUUUGACAUGUCAAAUUCGUGUAAAGUGUAGACGGCCUCAAAAGACUCAAUUAAGAUGCAAGAAAAGGAUACAGUAAACUCUUAGUGAGAAAUUGUACAUUCAUUUGCACAAAUAAAUUAUUUACAUAAUUUA